UUCUGCGCACUUGUAAGACACACAGUUAGUGCGUAUAAGGGGGAGGGGGCACAGCCUCCACCUUUCAGUGGGAGGACUCGCCCAGAACAUUUGCUUCAUCGACAGCAUGCUGGCCGGGGCAUCUGGGCCCGCUCUGCAGGAACCCCCGGAGGAGGUGCCCAGAGAGGACUUGAGGCGGGCACGGCUGGCCUGAUUGUGCACUCGGACCGCGGGCCCUGGUCGAGAUGGGCUGCUGACGGGCAACCGUAGCCCACCCCCCGUGCCUCGCUCGGUCUGCAGCUGGACAACAUGGAAGCCGAGGAGCUGGAGGGCCUCAGCCCGUCCUCUGAAAAACGCUAUUCCGAGUCCCUGGAUUCCAGUGACGGGGACGGGGAUGGGGAUGAGGGGCUCCUGGUCUGCGAUGACUUGGAGCUCAACCCCUUUGACGGGCUGCCCUACUCGUCCCGCUACUACAAGCUGCUGAAGGAGAGAGAGGCGCUUCCCGUGUGGAAGGAGAAGUACUCCUUCAUGGAGAAGCUGCUGCAGAGCCAGGUCGUCAUGGUCUCCGGGGAUGCCACGUGUGGUAAGAGCUCGCAGGUCCCGCAGUGGUGCGCCGAGUACUGCCUGUCUGUGCGCUACCAGCACGGGGGCGUGGUGUGCACCCAGGUCCACAAGCAGACGGCCGUGCAGCUUGCCCUCCGCGUGGCAGACGAAAUGGACGUCAACAUCGGCCACGAGGUGGGCUACGUGAUUCCCUUUGAGAACUGCUGCACCAGUGAGACCAUCCUGAGGUACUGCACGGACGACGCGCUGCAGCGAGAGAUGAUGUCCAGCCCCUUCCUGGGCAGCUACGGGGUCAUCGUCCUGGACGGCCUCCACGAGGGCAGCAUCGCCACCGACGUGCUGCUGGGCCUGCUGAAGGAUGUGCUGAUGGCGCGGCCGGAGCUGAAGCUGGUCCUGAACGCCUCGCCCCUGCUGGUCAGCAGCCUGAGCUCCUACUACGGCAACGUGCCCCUGGUCGAGGUGCCGGCCCAGCCGCCCGUGGAGGUGGUCUACCUCAGCGGGGUGCACACAGACGCCUUCGAGGCUGUCCUGCGCCUCAUCUUUGAAAUCCACCGCUCGGGUGAGGAGGGUGAUCUGGCUGUCUUUCUGGCCUGUGAGCAGGACAUAGAAAAGGCCUACGAGGUGCUCUGCCGGGAGGGCUCUGACCUGAGCCCGGAUCUGGGCGAGCUGGUGGUGGUCCCCUUGUACCCCAAGGAGAAGCUCUCACUGUUCAGGCCCAGCGAGGACGCCGAGCAGAAGGGCCAGGCCCCUCCGAGGAGAGUGGUGCUGACCACCAGCUCCGGGGAGUCGCUCCUCUGCAGCCACGCCGUCCGCUUCGUCAUCGACGUGGGUCUGGAAAGAAGGAAGGUGUAUAAGCCUCGGAUACGCGCGGACUCGCUGGUCACUCGGCCCAUCAGCCAGAGCCAGGCUGAGGUCCGCAAGCAGCUCCUGGGACCCUCGGCCUCAGGCAAGCUCUUCUGCCUGUACUCGGAGGACUUCGCCUCCAGAGCCAUGAAGCCCCUGCAGCCGGCCGAGAUGCAGGAGGCCAACCUGACCAGCAUGGUGCUCUUCAUGAAGAGGGUGGACAUCGCGGGCCUGGGCCACUGCGACUUUAUGAACCAGCCAGGUAGCUUUGGGCCAGCUGGCAAGCGGCCACAUGGGACCUGGUUUGUCAUGAGGCACUGUCCCUGCCAGGGGGUGAGGGGGGAGCUGUCGUCCCGGUUGGAGCAGAUCACCAGGGAUUUCUUCCGAGGGGCUGCUGGGUGGGUGUGGCCGCCAGCCUAGGGGGGCACAGCCCAGCACUUAGUCACUGAGACUCCCGGCGCCUUCAUCUUCCCAUCAGAGGUCAGCUUCCUUCCAAGACCACUGAACGGGAAGGCACCCUGGGUACUGUGUCCUGCCCGGGGAGCUGUGUGUGCCCUGGGCAGGAGUCCAGGCAGACUUCACAGGUUCCUAAGGUCCUGAGGGGCACAUGCGUGGCAGACGCUUUUCCGCAGGAGCCCUGGUGGCUCAGUGGUUAAGCAUGCAGCUGUUAACUGCAAGGCUGGCUGCCAAACCCACCAGUUGCUCUUCAGGACAAAGAGAUGGCCAUCAGCUUCUCUAACGACAGGCCGCUUUGGAACCCGCCCCGUGGCUCUGGGGUAGGCUUUGGCUUUUUCUCAGGGGCAGUACUAACAGAACAGGCAGGGAGGGAUUCAAAUCCAGCAACCACUCUGUAGGUCAAAGAUGCGGCCAUCUGUUUCUGUAGGCAUUGAUCGUCUUGGAAAGCUACAGGGCAGUUCCACUCUGUCCUGCAGGGUCACUGCGAGGUGGCCGACGCGGUGGCCAUGGGUCUGUGCUGCCUUGUGAGAGGCUUCUCUCACCUGUGGAAAUUCCCUAGAAUUUCUGUUUCUCUGUAUCUGGGCAAACCUUGAUGUGAAGGAGACGGUCCCCUCCAUUGAAGUUCCGAGAGACCCACUCUGCCCCCAGGACCCGGCAGCUCCUGGAGCUGGGCUGGGCUAUGAAGCUACCAGAACUCAGGAAGAGGGGGCAUGGAGGCUGGUCCCCAGAAGCCAAGAUGGAUACCCCAGCCUCACUUAACCCCCAGGGUCAUCAGUGUCCUCCGCUGGCCAGCAAACUCUGCAUCCACGAGUCCUGCACACCAGGGAGCUGAUGUUGGUUGUUUAGGGUCAGCAAGCCUGCUGGUGGCAAGCAGCCUCAGAGCUCAUUCUCAUGUUUGCACACCUGCCUGUUCUCGAAGGAGUGAUGACACCCCCGCCGUCGUUGAGCACUGCAGCGCGCCUGCAGCUGAGCUCACAGCCCUGUUUGCCCCGUCUUUACAGAGCAGGGAGUGCCCGGAGCUGCAGGUGGGGAGGGGACACUCUUCCCUGGCAGUGUGGUGCAGACUCCCUCGCUGUGUUUCCAUGUCUCCCCGAAACAGUCACAGAUGGUGGCUGAACCCUGAAAUGAUUGCCCUGAGGCAGCUUUCAAAUCUUAAAGCAAAAACGGGUCCCGUCACCUUAAAGCCAGACAACAGUUUAGCUUUAAAAAAAACAAACAAAAAACC